AUGAUACAUACUUAUUCAUCACAGGAUAGUCAUAAAUGCUUUAAAAGACUAGCUCCUUGGGGUGACGUUGUUCGACUCUAUUUUGUUGGUGAUUCACGACUGAAAAAGCUGUUUAAUGCUUUUGUUUAUCAUAUAAAUGGUGAAGUUAUUGGAGAAAAUAUUACAUUAGAAGCAAGCGUUCCAAGUAACUUUCAAUAUGUUACAACAGAAGUCGACUUAAGAUUUUUCCAUCAUGACGAAAUUACUGAUGAUACAUUAGAAUUAGUUAAAUCAUGGAUUGGUCCUACAAAUGUCUCCAACGUUACUGAGUCUAAUAUACAGAAUAAAAAGACUGAUGGCAUUUCUACACCAACUCAUUUGAUAAUUUCCAUGGGCACAAAAACAAUACAACACUACAAUCGAUCUGAAGAUGGUCUUUUAGAAUAUAUGAACGGUGUUAAACGUCUUACUGUUGUUCUAGAAGAAUUGAAAUUUGCACGAAGUGUAUGGAUGCUACAAGAAACACAAUUGUAUAUUCCAGUGGAAAAUGAUGCUGACGAUGAUAAUGUUAAAAUUAAUGAUAAAAAUAAUAAUAAUAAUAACGAUAAUAAUCAUAAUCAUAAUAAUAAUACUGAGACAACUAAUUCAUUAUUUGUGGAAUUUUAUGAAUUAACUAGUGCUCUGUCGAAAUUCGGUGCUAUCAUGAUGUAUUUUUUCAUAUGUGACAGGACAAUAUUAUUCAUGAAGGCCAAUAAAUUUUAUACAAAUUUGAGCUUUAUUCUACCAAUUAUCUAUUGUUUCGUGUUAGGUCUAUUCUUUAGUGGACCAACUAAACGAACUCAAGUAAAUCAUUUAGACAUCACGCGUGAAUGGAAAGGAUGGAUGCAAUUAUAUCUCUUGAUUUAUCAUUUCACUGAUUCAUAUAAUGUGACUCCGAUUUUUAUGUUAUCUCGUCUUGUUGUAUCAAGUUAUCUAUUUCUAUCAGGCUAUGGACAUUUUUGUUAUUUUUGGCGUAAACCUGUGCCACAAAUUAAUUGGUUAAAAUUAUUGAAUUAUCGUCGUUUCUCUAGAGAAUUCUGUACUGCAUGGAAAGCAUUAUGGCAAAUUUUACAUCGAUAUUUAAUUGUUAUUUAUCGUUAUAAUUUCUUUGUUUUUGGAUUAUGCCUAGUUAUGAAUCGUGGUUAUUUAGCUUAUUAUUUCGUUCCAUUAAUAUCAUUUUGGUUCACUGUUACACUGAUUGUAUGUGUUAUAUUCCCACGUGUAUCUGAUCAAAAAGUAUAUGGAAAUCAAAAUAAACGCGAUAAUAUUGAUCAGAAUGAUAAUAAUACUAAUCUAAAUAAUAUCAGUAGUAAUAGUAAUAAUAGUAAUAAUUCUACUCAUCCUGACAGUAUUAUCAAUGUAACUAUUACUACGACUGCAAAUACUAUUCCUUCUACAACUACAACUACUUCUACUAAUAUCAUUAGUAACCUAUCUACUGCAGUUGCCACUUCUACAUCCAAACUUGAUCAAUCCUACAACUAUAAUCGUAAACGUUAUUUUAAUCAACAAUACUGUACAACUAGUCAUAAUGACUAUUCUUCACCCAGUCAUCAAUACAUAGAAUCAGAUGAUGAAGUUUAUUUUCAUCAAUCUCCAGCAAGAUUUAAUUUAAACAUGAAGAAACCAUUACUAAUGCCUACCUCAUCACCAUCAUCAUUGUCAACAUCGACAGAUACAGUGAUUGAUGAACUACUACCUGAUCAUAUUCCAUAUCCUCCUCCUCCCUCUUCUUCUUCUUCUUCUUGUUCAUUGUCGUGCAAAUUAAUGCCAUCAACUAAUGAUAAUUAUAGUUUACAUAAAGGUCAUUAUAAAGCAUUAUCAGUUGGUACAGGAUUUGAUCUUUGUCAAAAUUAUUCUCUUACUACUAAUAGUACUACUACUACUACGGAUACUGAUCAUACUACUGCUUAUUAUAACUCUCAAUUUUGUCAUUAUCAAAAACCUGUUGAACAUCGAUUACAUCGUACUGUUGUCAAAUCACGUGGACGUCUUGGUCCACCGUUAACAGAAGAUUUAAUUCGUAAAUUCCAGUGUAUUGUUUUACCAAUCAAAAAUAAAAUAUCAUCAACAAAAUCAUCAUCAACAUGGAAUACUACAACAACAACAACAACCACAACAACCACACCAACAUCACCAUCUACAAUAACAAUGAAUAAAAAACGACUGAUCAUUAUGAAACAACCAUCAUCAUCGGAAUCCACUAUGACUUCUGGGACUACUACUUCAACUAAAUGUUGUAAAUGUUUCCAGUCAAUCUGUUUUAUUCAUUGUAGUCGUAUACGAUUAAUUUAUGUGAUAAUGAUUAUAAAAUUUAUUGGUUUAAUAUGUUUAGUUGAAUCGUUGUAUCGUUCAAAAGGAUUCUUUCAUUGGUUAUUUUUUUCAAGGUCAUCAUCAUCAACACAAGCAGAUAUUGUUAAUCAUGAUGAAAAACUCUGGUUCUAUCGUUGGUCAAUUGAUCGUUAUUCCGUUAUUUAUGGUAUGAUAUUUGCUUUUCUGUGUGAAUCAUUACGACAAAAUGGAAUAUUACAUGAUACCGAUGAUAAUUAUGAUGAUAACAACAACAACAACAGCAUUGGAAAUGAUGAUAUCAUGGAUUAUAUUGUACACAAUGAUGGUGGUAUUCAUCAAUCGGAUAAAAUUCAUUAUUCUCAAUUAUUAUUACAUAAUAAGAAUUACAAUCUUAUGACUACAAUGAACACUAAUAAUGACAAUCAUAAUCAUAAUAAUAAUAAUAGUAGUAGUAAUAUCAACAAUAAUAAAAUGAUUCAUAAUCAUUUAAAUACUGAUUAUCAUAAACAAUUUCAAAAUACUCAUAAUUAUCAUGAUGAAUCGACUGUGAUGAUGAUGACGAAUCGAUCUUAUGAAUAUUUUAAUCAUUCAACAAAUUAUACAAUGGAACCUUAUAAUAAUGAUUCGAUUGUCAAUUCAAAUGAACACCGCUAUACAAAUCAUUUACAAAAGUCAAUUCAUCAUGUGAAUAGUUUAUCAUCAACAUCAUCAUCAUCAUCCUCUCUGUUAUUUAGUCAUUUAAUUAAACAUAAUACAGAAUAUUCUUAUUGUUUCUCUAUACCUCUCUUAUACAAAUGUUUCUCAUCGUUAGGUUUAACUAUAUUAGGUGUAAUUGGUCUAACGUUUUCGUGUAUCUAUAUCUUUGCCUGUUCAAAUCGUGAAACAUGUUUACGUAUUCACGCAUACAUGUGUCUCAUUCCUAUUAUAUCAUAUAUUCUGGUGAGAAAUAGUUUCAGUUCAUUACGUAGAAUAUAUAGUAUAUUCUUUGCUUGGAUUGGUGAUAUGUCAUUGGAAUUAUUUAUUGCCCAAUAUCAUAUAUGGUUAUCAGCUGAUGCUUAUGGUAUACUUGUUCUAUUACCAGGUUUUCCAUUAAUCAAUUUAACAGUGACAUCAUUUAUUUUUAUAUGUAUAUGUCAUGAAGUGCAUAGUUUAACUCAUCGACUACAAAAUUACAUUAUUCCUAAUUCUCCUUUAAAAUUUAUACGUAAUGCUUUAAUUUUUGCAUUAAUAUUUCAUUUAAUUACAAAUUCUACAUCACAAAUGAUGCAGUUGGAUUUCUCUUGACUAUUAUUAUUAUUAUUAUUAUUAU